CUGAAGAUCGAAGGAUCACAAAGAUUUCAGUGGUAGCUCAAUAAAUAAAUAAAAAUUCAUAAAAAAUGUUGAAAUUCGUGAUUUUUACUGCUAUCGUGGCAUGUGCCAUCGCUGCACCAGCUCCAGGAGGUCUGUUGGUACCAGCAACUCCAGUUGUAGCUGCAGCUCCAGUUGUAGCAGCAGCUCCAGUGGUACCAGUAGCCACUAGCUACGCCACCAGCUACUCCAACACCUAUCGUGCACCUGUUGUCAAGGCUGCACCAGUUGUUCACGCUGCACCUGUUCUCGUCAAGACUGCACCAGUGGUCCAUGCUGCUCCUGUCAUUGCUGCACCAGCUAUUGUCAAGACACCAUUGAUCCACACACCUGUCUAUCACGCUCCAGCCAUCGUCAAGACACCACUCCUCCACACUCCAGUUCUCGCUGCACCAGCUGUCAUCAAGACUGCACCACUCAUCGCACACACUCCCGUGGCUAUUCAUCACCCAGUUGCUCUCGUCCAGAAAGAUGGCUGGAGUGUGCAGAAUAGGAGAGUGGUACUGCGUGUGCUGAGUAUGCAAGUGGUGCAGCAACGACUGGGGUGUGUACAGCAACUGGUGCAGCAUGAAGAGCAACAGCUGGAGCUGCGACGUAGCUCUUGUGGUCAACCUUGUAGGUGCUGGAGUGGCUGGUGGCAACUGGAACACUGUGAACGCUGUGAACAACUGGAGCUGCCACAACUUGCGCUGAAUGUACCAGAGCUGGUGCUGCAACAACUGAUGCAGAGUGAACCAGAGCUGGUGCUGCAACAAAGAAUCAAGACAUUCAACAUGUAUAAGUUCAUUGUUCUCUGUGCACUUGCUGUUUGCUCUAUGGCAGCGCCAGCACCCAAACCCGGACUCAUUGCUGCACCACUUGUGGCAUCUCCAGCUGUAGCCGUUGCAGCACCAAUUGCCCAUCACGUUCCUGUUGCCACCAGCUACGCAAACACCUACAAGGUCUCCUACAACACACCAGUUGUAGCUUCAUCCUACGUUGCUGCACCAGCCGUUGCCUAUGCUGCACCAGCUGUCCAUGCUCCACUCGUUGCUGCUCAUCAUGCCUACGGUCCAGCACUCGGUUAUGCUGCACACCCAGCACCACUUCUUGCUCAUUAUUAAAUCCUCUCAGGCUGGAGCUAAACAAUUCAUAUGAAAAUCCCAAAAUUUUUACAUCAUUGUUUCACAAUUUAUUACUUGAAAUCUGAAAUUGUUCCAUUGGUAUAUCAACUACAACUGUUAAUAAAAAGCAUUUUUCCAAUUAA